GGAUGUUUCUCUAAGUGAUUGGUCUCGAGAAUCUGAAAUUCUUGAAAAAAUAGUCACUAGAUCGUCUGUUGUAAUGUUGUCGAUUUACACAUGUGUUUUUAUAAAACAGAUCUUUUAGACAGUUUUAAAGAGUGAUCCACACUAUGACGGGAAGAAAAUUACCUCGCAGACAUCAACCAAGCUCAAAAAAAUCUCCGACGCAAGACGCCGCAUCAUGUGACUUUACUAUCGUUGUUGACGGCACUGAAUUUAAAAGCCACCGGGAAAUUCUGAUUUCAGCUUCAAAUUACUUCGACGCCUUGUUUAGAAGCAACAUGAGGGAGACACAAGAAGGGAGGGUGGAGCUACAGGGUAUGACAAGUGAGACUUUCGAUAUUCUUUUAAAUUUUAUCCACCAGCGUGUCCAUGGUCUGACGGCUGAUAACAUUGAUGACAUCUGGGAUGCAGCCAAUCGUCUGGAUAUUUCAAUAUAUCUUAAAGAAAUCGAACAUUUUGUCAUCAAUAAUUUAUCAAUUGAUAAUCUAUGGCACUUUUAUUCAAAAGCUGUCGAUUUCAAUUCCAACAACGUCAAAGACGGUUCGCUGAUGUUCAUGAAACAAAAUUACGAGCAUUUUUGUAAUAUGAAAGAGUUUCUGAAUUUGCCGUUUCAUUUAGUGCUAUCAUGUAUUGAAAGUGAGGCGUUGAAUGUGAGGACAGAGGACUUAGUUCUGGAGUCAAUUUUAACCUGGGUUUCACACGGAAAAUACCAACAAGGUGCUUGUAUGACACGUGAACGCAGCAAAAAGAGAAUCUCGUGUAAGGAUGAUGAACUCCAGAGCAAUGAGGGUCACUCUCGAGACGUCACUACUUCUGUUGGUCAAAUUUGUGAUUCAGGAAUCGUAGCUGAGGCUGGCGAAAUAGCAACUGACAAGCCUGGCAAUAACUUCAGAAAACAUGACCAGCACGAUGACUUCAAAAAUGAGGACCUAACUGAUGACGUCACAAAAUGUAGCCGGACAGGCGAUCGAGCAAAUUAUCUCGCCAAACUCAUGUCUAGUGCCAAACCUACUUUAGCCACAGUCAGUUUCCUACAGAGUUUACUCAAAAACUCCUAUAUAAUCCAUUGUCCAGAAGCCUAUCGGGAAAUACAAGAAGCCCUGAAAUACAAGUGUGGGGUGUAUCCUCUAGAGAGCGCCAUAUUAACCCCUCUUCGAGCGAGCAACGAAAAGAGAAAUGCCGUGGCUUUUGCUGGAAAUAGUGUUCUGUAUCUCUAUGAUUUGGAGAGCAGGACUUUAAGUAACGUAAAACUCGAGAACGUAAAGGGACGCUACAGAAACUUUAAGUCUGUCGUCUCGUUGGGCUCGACCCUUUGCUUCACAUGUGAAAAGUACUUAAGAAAUUGUCCAUUCGCCACGCACAAAUGCUGCAUGGCAACUGUCCUUUUGUUAGACGAGAAUAAAUGUUUAUCAACCUUGUAUGAAUUGUGCGGUAAACACAACUCGCUCUCUACUUUAUUUCGUGUCAAUAACAAGAUUGUUUGCGUCAAAAGAAACGAUCGCUACGCUACAACCAGAAGUCGCAUAGUGGAUCCAGGUUUCUUGAACACAGUCACUUUAAAUCCUGGUAAUUUUAUUCCCUUCUGUGUUUUUGAAAAUGAUAUUUUGCUGUUUAAGAUUAACCUAACUCACGAUUUAACAGUCAACAUUUACAAUCAUGAAACGAAUUCCCUAACAACAACCAAAAUACCAAAUGUUGGCGUACGCAUUUUUAACAUAUUGGCCAUACACAAAGACAAAGACACGUUUCUUUUACUCUCAAACGGAGUUUUACUAUCGGUCAAGAGAGGUUCUGACAACGCAAUACAAUUCACACCGGUAGUUCGUCUUUGGACUUUUCAAUGGUGGCUGACUGGAGCUGUGUGUUAUAAAAACGAGUUGACUUUGUUUUGUACCGCUAGCCGUGGGCCACUUUGGCCAAUUUUGACGUCAGUACCGGGACUGUUUGACAAGAUCAAUGUUGUCGAGCUGGGCAUGAAGUUUCUUAUAAGAAAUAUGGUGCCUGUGGUAGCGCCUAUGUCUUGGUUCGGGUAAUCUGCUGUGAGGUUCUGGCAUUGUUUUUGUUGCUUCGUCGUCUGCUGUUACGAGUCAUUGAAUAAAAGUCGUCAUUCAUUGUAAACCAUCGUAGGUCGUCAAACACAACAUUCCAUAAACGACUGAUAUUAUCUGUGGCUGAACACAUAAUAUAACUUAAUCGUUUGACAAACUAUUUCUUCGAUUUUUGACUACAUUGACCUUUAAGGAUUAUAAGCGACUUUGAUCUAGAUCCAUCACGUCAAAGAAAAAUGUUUUCUAUUACAACAUAUUUUUAUAGUGCACAUAUCAUUAUUUGAACGUUAACAUUACCUUAUGUAUUUUAUUAUAAUCACACAUACACUG